CGCUGUUACUUUGUGAUGAGAUCGGGAUGAAUUGCUCGCUUUAAAAAUGCUGCUUUGGAUUCUGUUGCUGGAGACGUCUCUUUGUUUUGCCGCUGGAAACGUUACAGGGGACGUUUGCAAAGAGAAGAUCUGUUCCUGCAAUGAAAUAGAAGGGGACCUACACGUAGACUGUGAAAAAAAGGGCUUCACAAGUCUGCAGCGUUUCACCGCGCCGACUUCACAGUUCUACCAUCUAUUUCUGCAUGGCAAUUCCCUCACUCGACUUUUCCCUAAUGAGUUUGCUAACUUUUAUAAUGCGGUUAGUUUGCACAUGGAAAACAACGGCUUGCACGAAAUCGUUCCCGGGGCUUUCCUGGGGCUGCAGCUGGUGAAGAGGCUGCAUAUCAACAACAACAAGAUCAAAUCUUUUCGAAAGCAGACUUUUCUGGGGCUGGACGACCUGGAAUACCUCCAGGCUGAUUUUAAUUUAUUACGGGAUAUAGACCCGGGGGCCUUCCAAGACUUAAACAAGCUGGAGGUACUCAUUUUAAAUGACAAUCUCAUCAGCACCCUACCUGCCAACGUGUUCCAGUAUGUGCCCAUCACCCACCUCGACCUCCGAGGAAACAGGCUGAAAACGCUGCCCUAUGAGGAGGUCUUGGAGCAAAUCCCUGGCAUUGCCGAAAUCCUGCUAGAGGAUAACCCGUGGGACUGCACCUGUGAUCUGCUUUCCCUGAAAGAAUGGCUGGAAAACAUUCCCAAAAAUGCCCUGAUCGGUCGAGUGGUCUGCGAAGCCCCCACCAGACUGCAGGGUAAAGACCUCAAUGAAACCACAGAACAGGACUUGUGUCCUUUGAAAAACAGAGUGGAUUCUAGUCUUCCGGCGCCCCCUGCCCAAGAAGAGACCUUUGCUCCUGGCCCCCUGCCAACUCCCUUCAAGACGAAUGGGCAAGAAGAUCGUGCCACCCCGGGGUCUGCUCCAAACGGAGGUACAAAGAUCCCAGGCAACUGGCAGAUCAAAAUCAGACCCACUGCAGCGAUAGCGACCGGCAGCGCCAGAAACAAACCCCCAGCCAAUGGCUUGCCUUGCCCUGGGGGCUGCAGCUGCGACCACAUCCCAGGGUCGGGUUUAAAGAUGAACUGCAACAACCGGAACGUGAGCAGCUUGGCUGAUUUGAAGCCCAAGCUCUCCAACGUGCAGGAGCUUUUCCUGCGAGAUAACAAGGUCCAUAGCAUCCGAAAGUCGCACUUUGUGGAUUACAAGAACCUCAUUCUGUUGGAUCUGGGCAACAAUAACAUCGCCACUGUAGAGAACAAUACUUUUAAGAACCUUGUGGACCUCAGGUGGCUGUAUAUGGAUAGCAACUACCUGGACACACUGUCCCGGGAGAAAUUCGCGGGGCUGCAAAACCUCGAGUACCUGAACGUGGAGUACAACGCUAUCCAGCUCAUCCUUCCAGGUACCUUCAAUGCCAUGCCUAAACUGAGGAUCCUAAUUCUCAACAACAACUUGCUGCGGUCCCUCCCCGUGGACGUGUUUGCUGGGGUCUCGCUCUCUAAGCUCAGCCUGCACAACAACUACUUUAUGUACCUCCCGGUGGCAGGGGUGCUGGACCAGUUAACUUCCAUUAUCCAGAUAGACCUGCAUGGAAACCCUUGGGAGUGCUCCUGCACCAUUGUGCCUUUCAAGCAAUGGGCAGAACGCCUGGGUUCCGAAGUGCUGAUGAGCGACCUCAAGUGUGAGACGCCGGUGAACUUCUUUAGGAAGGAUUUCAUGCUCCUCUCGAAUGACGAGAUCUGCCCCCAGCUGUACGCGAGGAUCUCGCCCACGUUAACUUCACAAAGUAAAAACAGCACUGGGUUGGCGGAGACCGGGACGCAUUCCAACUCCUACCUAGACACCAGCAGGGUGUCCAUCUCGGUGUUGGUCCCAGGACUGCUGCUGGUGUUCGUCACCUCCGCCUUCACUGUGGUGGGCAUGCUCGUGUUUAUCCUGAGGAAUCGAAAGCGGUCUAAGAGAAGAGACGCCAACUCCUCGGCGUCCGAAAUUAAUUCCCUACAGACAGUCUGUGACUCUUCCUACUGGCACAAUGGGCCUUACAACGCAGAUGGGGCCCACAGAGUGUAUGACUGCGGCUCCCACUCGCUCUCAGACUGAGCCCCCAACCCCGGUAGAGCAGGGGAGGGGGAAGGCCAUGCUCCCCUUCCCCCCACCCGGUCGGCAUCCCGGGGUCAGAAAAGCCGGGACCCCACUCCAGUGUGCCCCAAGGCUUGAUGGACAUAAAUAAAUAACUGUGAACUCGCUCAACUGAGAUGAUCUGACCCGGUAGCUCCCUUCUGGAAACAAAGAGCAGACUGUGGCUGCGAGAGCGCUGCCAAAUCGCUCUGUGCUGAGAGCCUCUUUUGACAAAGCCCAGCAGGGGCCCUGCUCAAAGAACUGACAGUGCCCUUCCCCCCCUGCGGAGGGGCUGGUGGGGGACGCCUGUCGUGGUCCCAUACAUAUACACAUUUACCCACAUCUAUAUAGAGAGAUAGAUAUCUAUUUUUCCCCCGUGGAUUAGCCCCGCGAGGAGGGGGGGGGCGUGAUAGUUCCCUGCUGGCUACGCAGGGAUGGGCAGUUGCACGAAGGCAUGAAUGUAUUGUAAAUAAAUAACUUUGACUUCUGAGAAAAACAAAAAGCGCUGCAUGGCUCGCAUGGAAUCCACGCGCUCCAGGGACGCUGCCCUCCCCGGCGACCGGAGAGAGCGUCACGUUCACAGCACCCGCCCUCUUACCUGAUAAGUCCCAGCGUAUCAAACUUUCUAUAAACAAGAUACAGUAUAAUCAGAAGUGCCAUUUCACCUUUAUUUGUGAUCGGUAGGCAGUUCAGAGAGU